AAUUACAUAUUUAGUGUGAGUGUAAGUCGGGGGCGAGGGAGGAGUAUUUUGGGACUGUAGAAAAAGUCAGCGGUGGUGUUUUUUUUUUUUCUCCAUUGCUUUUAUUAUUAUUUGUAUUUUAUUUUAAAUUCUUAUCAAUAAUUGCUUUCAGUAAAUAUCAAUUUGGAUGGGUCCUUGCAGGCAGCCGCAUGCUCUUUGACUUAAAACGAUCCCUACCACCAACAUCAUCAUCCUCAUCUUCCUCCUCAUCCCAGCGUCAGUGUGCCACUCACCGCUUCCAGGAAUCGAAUCAGGGAGGUUAUUUGAGAAUCCGCGGACGGUGUAGUUGCUGUGGACCGGGGUGAGGUCAACUAUUGCGCAAUGAUGACGGGCAAAUCUGUGAAAGACGUCGACCGGUACCAGGCGGUGCUCAACUCUUUACUGGCGUUGGAGGAGAAUAAAUUCUGCGCGGAUUGCGAAUCAAAAGGUCCGAGAUGGUCUUCGUGGAAUUUGGGGAUCUUCAUCUGUAUACGAUGCGCGGGUAUUCAUCGCAAUCUCGGGGUCCACAUCUCCAAAGUCAAGUCUGUCAACUUGGACCAGUGGACGCAAGAGCAAGUCCAGUGUGUGCAGGAGAUGGGAAACGCAAAAGCCAGACGUCUCUACGAGGCCUUCCUACCCGAAUGCUUCCAACGACCCGAGAGCGACCAAUCGGCCGAGAACUUCAUCAGGGACAAGUAUGACAAGAAAAAGUACAUGGAUAAGGUCAUUGAUAUCCAGAUGCUCAGGAAAGAAAAAAGCUGCGAGAACAUCCCCAAGGAACCGGUUGUGUUUGAGAAAAUGAAAAUUAAAAAAGACGUCAGUCCAAAGAUCGACUCUCAGUGUGUUACGGAUUUGCUGGGAUUAGAUGCUCCUGCUCCAAGUCCGGCAACAUCUAACGGCCUUCAUGAGAGUCCACUUUGUAAUCCGUUGGAUCUCUUCAGUCACCUCUCAGAUCCGAACCCUUCUUCCACAAAGAGCACAGCUGCCUCCACCUUCUUGCCUCAGAGCAGAGUGACCGCCUCCGUGCCUGAAAAUCUCAGCCUCUUCCUGGAUCCGACACCCAAAAAGGCAGAAGGGACCUUCAGGAAACUGUCCAAGGAUUCCAUUCUGUCUCUUUACGGCUCCACCCCGUCUGUGCACGUUAGCAGUAUGGCGCCCCCUCAUGGUUUGUACAUAAACCAAAUGGGAUACCCGACACAUCCGUACGGCUCGUACCAUUCGUUAGCGCAGGUCGGCGGGAUGGGCGGAGCCAUGGCCGUGUCGCAGAUGGGGCAGCGUCACAACAGCUUGAUGGCAGCCCAAAGCAGCCUGGCUCAUCACGGACAUCAUCUAAACAUGCAGAAUGGCGCCAUGACACAGCAGCAAAGCGGAAUGGUGAUGCAGCAGCAGCAAGGCGCGGCGGCGGCCAUGAUGGCUCAUCCGCAGCAGUGGAACAUUGGACACAUGACUCAGCACAUGUCCAGCAUGAAUCUUUUCACCAAUAAUAGUCAAGCCUCGGGAAACACAGCAGCCCCAACUUCAGCGCACAUGACAGCACACGUCUGGAAAUAAAUUGGAUCCGCCCUGAGAGUGAACUUACGAGAACCGUGCGGACGGGACUCCGAUUUCCAAUUUCUGAAGAGGAGACAAUAAUAAGAAAAGUACAACUACCUCUUCCUCUCCCUAGCCGCUGGCCCAAAUCUACUUCCUGCCUCGGCCAAGCUACACAAAAGUCCACACUUGCCUUUGGAAUGUUUUGUCAAUGCAGCAACAGGGUCAAAAUUAUUUUUAUUCUCAUUUAUUUUUUUUUCCCUUUCAAGCUGCAAGUCACAUUUAAAAAAGAAAUUGGCCAUUUUUAUUCAUUAUUAAUUAAAUUAAUUAUUAAUUAAAUAAUUAUGAAUUAAAAUGAAUUAUUAUUAAUUUAAUUUAUAACUUCUAUAUUUUAUGUUGAGGAGUUCCUACAUGCACAAAAAUCAGGCAGCUAAGCGUCCCUUAUUUUACAAUCAAUAUUGGGUCGGCAGUACGCAAGAAAUCUGAACUGGAUUUUGGCACACCAAAGAUCAAGACUAGCUUUAUGGGGACUUGAACGGAAUGUUUGUAAAUAAAAAGUAUGACUUCAUGAGUUCAUGACAUCAUGACACUUCCACUAAACUGCAUGCCGAGAAUGUUUGUACAAUGUUGCUUUCAUGGCUUGAAUGUACGUUUGUGUCGGGGGCAGAUCAGAAUUGAAAAAUGCAAUCAUAUCGUCGUUUAUUUUUCUUAUGUUUUUACAAUUGGACCAAAACACCUUGUGAAGAACAAAUUAAUAACUGUUUUUUUGGGGGAAUGUCCGAUUCUGGUUGGAAUGUAUUCCUGACUCAGUGCAUGAAAUCAUAAUUGUAAAUUGUCUUUUUCAUUCUUGUUUUGUUUUAUGUGACAGAAAAGAAGAAAGAAAAGUAAAGAGGAAUGUAUCCAUACUUGGUAAAUAUUGUAUAUUAUGUUUUUCCAACCAAGACUUUUACUAGCUACUUUCUAUUAGGACUUUUUUUUUUUUUUUUGCCUGUUUGGUGUCAUAUUCAUGUACACAGAAUGUAAGAUAAAAUGCUGCGGAAAUGGAAUGAAUAAAUUUUGUUUUGAUUAAAAACUCUAUCUUGA